CUGUACUGCAGGAAUCCGGAUAUGAUGAAAAUGUUUUAGACUUUCCCCAGUAAACUACCGCCACUGAACGUCGAAGGCGUCGCGAGGACUAUUAUUGAUAUUUUUUACAUGUCAACAACGUCUUGAUAAAGUGGGACUAGGACAUACUGGCAACUAAAGUUACCGAAAAAGUUUUUGGACGUUAAGUUUCUCUUUCACCCGGUUUCUUCUUUUCUUCCCAACGUUUCGGGGAAAGAGUUGGAGGAAGGAAGGAUGGGAAUAACUCUGAUUUAAAGCGAGGGAGUUGUCAUGUUUGAAAGCGCUGAGGGCUGAGGAAAGGGAGGAACUUCUGCUGCUGAGUGUGUCCCUAAAAGACGACUGUCUCAUGUCCAAGGAGACCGUCUUUCCUCCGGGUGGGCCGGCAGGGCCAGGGAAUGGUCCUCAGCAAGAGACCAGUCCCCUGUUGUCAGACUCACAAGAUGCUUGUGACAGUGAAUCAUCAGGAAGAACACAGUCUCCCAGGAAACCAGCCACCGAGGGACAAAGUCAUGUGACCAGGGAGAAGCCUAAUUAUUGCGAGCCUGUAAGAACUCAACCUCAAUCUGAGUCCCAGCCAGUGCCCUCGGAGGCUGCCGACCAAAAUGGCUUUCGCCAAAACAGCACUGGCACGCCCGCGCUGAGUAACGGCAACGGAAUCCACCCUGGCAUCGGCGGGGCUGGGGCCACGCGCACAUGCUCCUGUGGUGCCAGCAUCAGCAUGGGUGCCACGGGUGGGUCAGGCCCUGGCACAAGAACAGUGGCGACCGCGACGACAGAGCAGCCCAGGAAGCAGCCGUCCACGCCUGUGUCGCAGAGGAUGCAGAGGAAAUUGAGGUCCAGCUUGUCAGUCAACAGUGACAGCAGCCGACGCAGCAAAGGCAGUUCCACAGGGUCACAGAAACAUCCUUUACCAGAGGAUUGCUGCGUCCACUGCAUCUUGGCCUGUCUGUUCUGUGAGUUCCUGACACUUUGCAACAUGGUGGUGGCACAGGCCUCAUGCGGCGCAUGCACAUCAGAGGCUUGCUGCUGCUGCUGCUGCAGCGACGACCUGGGCGAUGACUGCAACUGCCCCUGUGACAUGGACUGUGGCAUCAUGGAUGCAUGCUGCGAGUCCUCAGAUUGCCUGGAAAUCUGUAUGGAGUGCUGUGGCAUCUGCUUCCCGACAUAGGGAGGCCUGUACUGGUGUGGACCCGGGUGUCUCUGCGGGGGAUAACUGGACUCUGGAUGGAAGAAUGGAAGGAAACGGCUGCUGCUGUCACUUUGAAUUCAGAAACAGACAUAGAGGGAACGCGUGUGUGUGUGUGUGUGUGUGUGUGUGUGUGUGUGUGUGUGUGCAUUAGUAUAGUGUGGUUGAGUAAAGCAUGCUUUGAAAGAUGUAUUUUGACACUGGGCUUCUCCAUCAAAACCAGCUCAACAGGGGCUAGAAGUAACUCCAGAUAUAUGAACAUGUCAGUUAAAUCUGCAGUGUAUAGUAAAUCAUUUCUGUUAAGUAUUCUAUUCUUUGCAUAAGAAGUAUUAUCACAGACUGCCUUAAAGAUUUUAUAGUUACAUCAGGAAUGCUGUCUAAUUGUAUCUAAUCUUGACUCUUUAAGUCAUUUUGAUGACCAACGUGUGUACACUAAACAAAAUGAUUACAUUUACUCUGUUUUACUUUUCAAUACAUGUGUUUUUUAUGCAGAAAAACUGAGGUUGCAGUCUUACUGUACAACACUGUAAAAGGUUUAUGUGACACUUCCACAUUCUUAGUUGCAAUCUGUAGUUUUGUAACACAGACUUUCAUUUACACGGAUCUACUGUAGCACUGUAGAACAGUUGAAACUGGUGAAAUAUGAAAGGUGAAUCAGGACAUCACAUCAUCUACCACUUUCUAAAACAAAAGGUAAAGAAUGUGCCUGUUUUUUACUUUUUCCAUUUCAAGCACUUUUUUUUAUUGAAGAGGCCUAUUAUUACAGAAAAACUGCACAAAAUUGCUGAUUGCUAAAUCUUACAAAGUGCUGGAAGGUCUAUGAAAACAUGUUGUGCCAAAGAAUCUCAUCUCUAUCCUGAUUUGGCAGUAUUUUAAGCCUUGGGUUUACUGGAAAUACAAUGCAGUUACUCACAUUUUUAAUACAAUACAUUCUGACCAGCUCACUGUACAGGUCUCUGCAACGUUAAGAUGAACAAUGUGUACAGCUUAUGUCUUUUAUUUCUAUGAGUCUUCUUCUAACGUUUAGAUUAGGCUUUGUCAGCUACAUAUGGUACAAGUCUUUUCUGUGAUGCUAUAUUACAUACAUACUGUGUAAGUAUGACUUUUUGAACUGCACUCUGUUCAUGAGGGAUGUGAUAAGGAAUUAAAAAACGGUGACCCUGGUUGCCAUAUAAGCGGCUUUCGAGUAUCAAGCCCAGUGACUCACAAUACAAAAAAGGAAUCAUGAACUGUCAUGUUGAAAUGGUAAACUAAUGCAGGGUAAAGGCAGUUUUCUUCUCCUUUUUUUCUGUUCCUUAAUUCUGUGUAUCUCAAGAUGAGUUUGUAGUGAAUCACCAGUGGAGUCAUUUUCUUGUCUCAGAGAUACGCUUUGAUGUUGUUUAAGUGAUGAUACUUAACGCUGGCCCUCAUUAGCACUGCUUGCUAAAUGGUAACAAAAAAAUGUCCCAAACGCCAACAAAGAUAAUGUGCUGUCAUGUAUAGCCUGUCUUAAUGGCGCACUGUUAUUGUGUAUAAAAAGGUUGGAUGGGCACCUCUGCAGCAGAUAAUGUGCAGAAAGUAAACCUCAUUUUCAUGUUUAUGACUAACUCAUGCCACAAGUUUGUUACGGGCUAAAGAGUGUCAAGAAAACACUAUAUAGAUAAUGUGAAGAGUUCAUCUAAAAAGAAAGUGUAUACGUGUAGCUACAGUCUAUGUCCUAUUAUACUAUACUGUUGUAUGUUUUAUUUUUGUUUUAUUGUGUCUACACUUGAUCUUUCUCAAUUUCAUCUCAAUGCAUCAUUACUCAACUUGGAGUUCACAACUCGUUUUAUUAGUUUUGUGUCAAUCUGAAAGAGAAUAGAUUUAAAAAAAAAAUAAAAACAUUACCAAAAAUGGA